CUGACCUUUUCCUGGACAUAUAAUAAACUUCAGUUCCUUUCUGAUUUUCUCCUUAGGUCCCUAAUGUUGGAUCCAUGCAGGAAAGUUCUGGAGGAACGAGGAGAGAACUGGAGGAACCCCGAUCAGUGUCGGAGAAUGAUGGAUCCAGUAGUAUAAAUCCCCCCGAGAGAUGUCCCCGUCCUCUAUAUCCCCAGGAUUGUAAAGAGGAAGAGGAGGAUAUCCCACUGGACCAUCAGGUUGUUAUUGUGGGAUCCUUACAGGAAAGUUAUGAAGAAACAGAAACUGAAAACCCCAUAUCAGAGAAUGGUGAAGACUGGAUGAAAAGCUCCCCUGAACCCCUCCUUUUAUCUCCCUAUUAUGAAGUUGAAGGUAAUCAAUCAUGGAGCGACAAGAAAAGAAUAGGACAUAAACAUUUUGCAAAGUCUAAGUACGGGAAAUAUUUUGAAAAGAAAUGUAAUUUCUCCAUAUUUGAAAGAAGUCAAAUAGAUGAAAGGCCAAUGCCACGUUCAGAAUGUGGAAAAUCAUUUUGUCGGGAAUCGCAUCUUGGGGAACAGGGAAUUCACACAACAGAGAAACCAGUGUCAUGCUUGGAAUGUGGAAAAUGUUUUAGUAAGAAAUCAAAUCUUGUUCGACAUCGGAGAACUCACACAGGAGAGAAGCCAUUUUCAUGUCCUGAAUGUGCAAAGUGUUUUACUAAUAAAACAAGUCUUGUGGGACAUCUGAGAAAUCACACUGGUGAGAGGCCAUUCGGAUGUUCAGUAUGUGGGAAAUGUUUUAACCAAAAAUCAAAUCUUGUUGAACACUUAAGAACUCACACGAGGGAAAAGCCAUAUUCAUGUUCGGAAUGUGGGAAAUUUUGUAGUAGGAAAUCGAACCUUGUUAAACAUAUGAGAAGUCACACAGGGGAGAAGCCAUUUUCUUGUUUAGAAUGUGGGAAAAAAUUUAGUCAGAAAUCAAGCCUUGCUGUACAUCAGAGAACUCACACAGGAGAGAAGCCGUUUGCUUGCUCAGAAUGUGAAAAAUGUUUUACCUAUAAACAGAAUCUUGAUAAACAUAUGAAAACUCACACAGGGGAGAAGCCAUUUUCGUGCUCGGAAUGCAAAAGAUCUUUUACCAAUAGACAAUAUCUUGUAGAACAUCAGAGGACUCACACAGGGGUGAAACCAUUUACAUGUUCAGAAUGUGGAAGCUGUUUUACCCACAGAUCAUCUCUUGUUAAACAUCUAAAAACUCACACAGGGGAGAGGCCAUUUUCCUGUACAGAAUGUGGGAAAUGUUUUAGUCAGAAAGUAACUCUUAUUCAGCAUCUGAGAAUUCACACAGGAGAGAGACCGAAUCCGUGUACAGUAUGUGGAAAAUCAUUUAACCAUAAAUCAACCCUGAUAAAACAUUUGAGAAUUCACACAGAGAACGAACAGGAGUCAUCUGCAGUAUUUGGUCAAUCUUUAAGCCAGAUAUUUGAUCUCGUGGAACAUUACAGGGCUCAUGCAGAAGAGAAGCCAUUUUAAUGUUUAGAUUGUAGGAAAUCUAGCAGGUUUGAAGCUUGAAUGUAGGACUCUCUUCCUCAUGGUUCUGAGUUUGUGUCCUUGCAAUGGUAAAGGGGUUAUCCAGUUAUAAAAAACAUAUCCCCUAAUCACAGGUGUCUGAUCGCGGUGGGUCAGACCUCUGGGACCCCCCCCCCCCCCCCCCACGAUCUCUAGAACAGGACCCCAUCUUUCCUUGCUGAUCGCUCUGGCCUCCACCUUCCGAGACAAAUUGGUCUCUACGGUAAUGGUCUGCUCUGCCAGUCAACGACUAAACGAGCGGCCCAUCACUGCCGAGAGGACUUUGUCACGGAAGGUGGGGACCAGAGCGAUCAACAGGGAAAGAUGAUCGAUGGCCUCAGAGGUGACCCGCCUUGGCUUACUUUCCUGGUAAAGGCGUAGCAAAUGAUGCAAUAUGAAGUAAAUAACACAUUUUACCAGAACAUCCUAUCGCCUCUGGUCGGGUCCUGCAUCAUAUAGGCAAGAUAAUCUUCAUCUUUAACUCAAAAACGAAUUUCCUUUAUUAGGGUACGUUCAGACUGGUGGAUCCACAGCGUAUUUUAUGCUGCGGAUCCGCCGUCGAUAGACCCCUGCAGGGUGACUCAGAUGUGCCUGCGCGGAGCAGCAAUCCGCCGCUAUGAGCAGACACACUGCUGCGCAUGCUCGGUGUAUUGGCACACAUCGCAGCCACUCCCCAUGCUCCCUGAGCUAGACCGAGAGCAGCAGCGAUGCAAGAGUAUGCUGCGCAUGCGCGAGGCAACUAGCACAUCGCAGCAGUAUGUCUGCUCCUAGCGGCGUAUUGCUGCUCCGAGCAGGCACACCUGAGUCACCCUGCAGGGGUCCAUCGGCGGCGGAUCCGCAGCGUAAAAUACUGUAUUCACUUGUCUGAAUGUACCCUUAGAUCCACAGGUUGCAGUAGUUGGAUUCCCCCCUUAAUAACAACUAUAUAUUGUUUUGUUGUCUUAUUUAUUUACCUUAAUAAUAAAAUCUUUUCAGCUUCUGUUAUAUAUAUAUAUAUUUUUUUUUUUCAUAGUAAAAACC